AUGUCUACUCUCAUUGGGCAGUGCCUAGGGGAACUGAAAAAAUACCCCUCUUCAUGUUUAUUUGGUCAUGUUUCUGUUGUAAAUGAGUUGAUAGGUGUAGGAGCUGAUGUUAACAAACUGGGUCAUAGUCAUACACCACUGACAGCAGCAUGCAGUGCUGGACAUUUGAGUGUUGUGAGAGAACUUUGCAAAAUGGAUGCAAAUGUCAAUUUAGAGUGUAAUUUCGAUACACCACUAGUAAAAGCAUGCAAAGGUGGAUAUUCAGGUAUUGUAAAGGAGCUGAUUACUUGUGGAGCUUCAACAAAUUUAGAGUCUGCAAGUAAUUUACCACUUAUAGCUGCAUGUGAAAAUGGACAUCUAAAUGUAGUACAAAUAUUGCUGCAAUCAGGGGCCAUUGUCAAUCAAAAAAAGGAUUUCAAUAACCCUCUGAUAUCUGCAUGUAGUUGUGGUGAAUUGGUUAUAGUGAGGGAACUUUUAAAAGCUGGGGCCAACAUUAAUUUACAAUGUGGAAGUAUAUGUACAAUGGAUGCAUUGACAGCUGCAUGUAAAGGAGGACACAUUUCUGUGGUGACAGAACUACUGAAGAAAGGAGCAAAAGUUAAUCCUCAGGGUCUGUAUGAUUCACCAUUAAAUGCUGCAUGUCGUGAAAAUCAUUCCGAUGUAGUCAUUGAACUGCUACGAGUUGGGGCCGAUGUCAAUUCAUUGCGUUUGACCGGUACAGCACUGAUAAAUGCAUGUUCAAGAAUUCAUCCAAAUUUGUCGUUAAUAAAAGAACUUCUUGAAGCAAAAGCUGAUGUCAACCAGCAAGAUGAUGAUGGGAAUACACCAUUAUUAAGUUCUGUUUUCGAAAAAAGGAUAAAAGUUUAA